AGAUUGAUCCUGAAGCCGUAAAAUUCAUGGAGAUGAUUGAAUUGCAGAAGAAACAGGCUUUGGAUGGUGAGCUUCCUGUAGGACCUAUGCCUCUUCCACAUGCAGAAGGCCACAUAAGCUAUGGUGGGGCUCUGAGGCCAGGAGAAGGAGAUGCCAUAGCACAUUAUGUACAACAAGGCAAGCGUAUUCCAAGGAGAGGAGAGGUCGGUCUUUCUGCUGAGGAGAUUCAGAAAUUUGAGGACUUAGGCAAUGUGAUGAGUGGAAGCAGGCAAGGAGAAGCCAUCAACGAUGCAGCGAAGAACAUUAGCGGAGAAAAUCGAUGA